AUGUCGCAGCCGCCCCAGUCGCAGCAGCGUAACAAGCGCACCCACCGGUCGAGGCAGUCUGUCAGCGCACAGUCGUUUGCCGGGCCGUCCUCUGCCAACGUCAUUCCGUCUUUUGGGUCCAUCUCAGUGCCAGCACACAGACGCGCCGACUCGUCGGCCAUGGGCUGGGCGCCGACAGGCCAGCCGGGACAGCCCGGACUGCCUGGUCUGCAGCAGCAACCCGGUCAGCGACAGCAGCCAGGCCAACCGGGACAGCCUGGCGGCCACUCGCGCGGGCUGUCAUACAUCCAGCCGUCAGUCGCGCUGCCCGGAGCGUAUCCGUUCUGGUCGACGCCCCAGCCGCAGCCGCCAUCUGCGCCGUUUCUGCCAACACCUUCCUCGCGUCAGACAAAGGACAGUCCCGCCACUGCCCCACCUGGCAAGCGUCAGAGAUACCAGGUAGACCGUUCCAUCGGUCUCGGUCACCCAAUCCACCACUCCAUCGCCGGCUUCUCAGACAUUCAGCGCCAGCAACCAGGCAACAACGCACUCGCCCCGCCUCCCUUCACCACUCCCUCGGCCUCACCCACCCACGGGCGUCCUCUGGCCCCACUGGCAGAGCAUACAGGGGUCGUCACUCCCACUCCCGGCUCGCGUUCUCCCGGUGGUGCACUCAACGCCGGCCAGCCAGGACAACCAGGACAGCCAGGCCAGCCCGGUCUCAACACCCCCUCGCCUCUCCUCCCAUUCACGAACCGCGCGUGGACACUAGACUCGACAGCGCGCUCGUCCCUCGGCCACUUCCCCCACAACAGCCUGUCGCUUCCCCUCACUUCGUCUCCUCUUCCCAGGACACACGUCACCCACCCGUCCGUCUCGCUGCCUCCAAAGCAGCUCAUCGGAUCAGGCGGCCUGGGAGGUCCUCCACCCACUCGCCGCGCACACUCCCACCAGCCCCACCUGUCCAUCUCCCACGGCGCUGGCGCUGGCGGGCACGGCCGCACGCAGUCUAUCAGCCAGCGUGGCCCCCCGCCCAAGGCGAUCCUCGGCGGUCCCGGCGGCCGCACGUUCGACGAGCUCAAGGUCCUUCCUCCACCUUCGCGGUCUGCGUCGCUCGAGCCGAGCCCGACGCUCUCGCCCAUCCCAUCGCCGCUGCGUUCGGGUGCUGUCAGUCCCAUCAAGUCACCCUCGCCCAGUGUCAUCAGCGUGACCGGUAGCCGUGUGCCCUCGUCAUCGUCCGCUUACGAGGUCAAGCACCUGGGCCACACGGUUCGCGUCAACCUCCCGCCUGAGUCGUACAGCCCCCCCGACUCGCCUGUUCCUCUCGUACGGACUGAGGAGCCCGAAGAAGACGCCGACUUGAACGUUGAGAGCACGGACACGGAAGGCGGCAACGACGAGACGGUUGAGAAGCGGCCCCAAAAGUCACCGACGUCCGAGCGUGUGCCCCGCAGGAAGGCGUUCCCCUGGCCACCUGCCAAGGUUCGCACCACCCCAGAAGAGAUUGCGCUUCCUCAAUCUCCCACUCCCAGCGACCUCUCGUCAGUCGAGAGCGUUCUCUCGCCCGGCGCCCAGUCUGAAGUAUCCCUCCCUUCCGACAACGAGGAGCCACCAGUGUGGCAAGGGAAGAAGCUCCGCAUCACUGUCCCAGACCAGGAGUGCUGGGAACGACUUCGUCCCCCGUCACCUGUGCCCGACUCGCCCCAAGACUCGACCACCUGGGGAACGGCAUUUGACGAAUCCUUUGCCGACUCACCUCGCGCUUUCACUGCUCUGCAGGAGCCUUGGCCGCCAACCCGCUGCCCGAGCCCCGACGACAACGCCUUCGCACAGAUGAAGAGCGAGUUCAACGACGACAACAACUCCCAAGACGGCGACGAGUCGGACAGCGGUACCGCCACGCCUUCCGUCCACAGCCGUGCCCUUACUCCGCAGAUGAGCCCCUCCGAGCUCCCUCCUCGCGACAGUGCUCCGGCACAAGGCGAAGAAGCCUCGCCCGUGCCUGCUUUGUCCACCAACCGCUCGUUCGGUGGUCUCGCACCCAACUCCUUCCUCAAGCGCCAACUGGGCGGCAUGCUCCGCGAAACCCGUCGUUCACUGGACGCGACCUCGGCGUCGCUCUCGGCUUCCCUGUCGUCUGCUGCGCAAGACACCCCGACGACGCGCGAGACAACCCCGUCCUGGUCUCCCGAGAAGGGUGCCGGUGAGGCCGAGAUGGAUGCUCCUAAAGACACUGUCAACAACAGCUCCGGCGUGGACGUGUUCGGUACACGCCCCGACGAGUCCCACAUCACUCCUCCCACCAAGCCAGUCGUCAUCGUCGCUGCUGCAGAGGACGAGAGCACGCCGCUUCGGUCUGAGCUCGCUCUUGAACCCGAGGCGCCCGCACCCACCGCUCCUGAAGCUGAGGAGGCCGAAGCUGAGACCUCAGACAAGGCGGGCAGUGACCGCGAGACCCGCGAGGGCGAAGACAAUGCUGCCGAUCAGCCACCGUCGAAGCGGAGCAAGAAUGCCUCGCGCCCCGGUUCCAUUGACGAGUCCUCGCCUUCGUCUGAGACGAGGACACGCCGCCCCGUCGCCAACUUUGGUGCCAACCCUGCCUUCCGUCGCCAGCUGCAGUCGUUCCUUCCUCCCGGCGGCGUUGUGUUCAAGCCUAGUCGCAAGACUGAAGAAGAGGCUAAGGCAGCAGAGCUGGAAGAGGUCGAGGCUGAGGUCGAGGCGCAGGAUGACCAGGCCAGCGCCGAGGUCUCCAUGGUCCUGUCGACUGGCACCUCGGAUGCCGCCGAGGCCAUUGCGGCUACCGAAGCGCUUACGCCUCUGUCGGUCCCCGCAAAUGUAGCGGUGUCAGACCCCGCCACGCACGAGGCUGCUGUCACGCCCACCAAGUCCCACGAGGAGCUCGCUGAGCCUGGUUCCGAGCGUCUGAGGUCGCCACCGAAGAAUGAGCGCGACGCCAAGAAACUCAAGCCGACCGCCGCACCAUUUGUCCCCACUGCACCUGUCACUCGCCCUGCCACUCGUUCCAUCUCAGCUACCGCACCGGCUUUCAAGCCCGGAACGCGUGUCAUCUCGGCCACGGCAGCGCCGUUCCAGCCUGCCGCCCCGACGUCGUCGAGCUUCAACUUCAAGCCGACGGCUGCGGCCUUUACGCCCAGCCCUGGGUUCAGUUUCGCCCCUGCAGCGCCUGCUUUUGUUCCAUCUGCGUUCCAGCCAGUUGCAACUCCCUUCCAGCCUGUUGCAGGCAACCCUGGGUUCGCUCCGGCGUUCGCGCCUGCACAGAACCACAUCUUUGGACAUGAGCGCCGGCAGUCGAGCGUCUCGGCCAAUCCCCUCCACCAACGCCAACCGUCUGGUGUUUACCAGAGCCACGUUGUCGGCCACACGCGCCAACAGUCGAGCGUGGCACUGUCCACUGGCGAAUCGUCGGCGCGCCUUCGUCCCACGGCUCUCCCCUUCCAACCUGGCAGUCUGGCCACGACCCCGGCGGUACAAGAUGAGACCAAGGGCUCUAUCAAUGCCGGUGGUGCACUUGGACUGUUCACAUUUACCCACAAGCUUCGUCCGACAGCCGCCGAGUGGAAGCCGGCCGCGGAGGAACCUACCGUUGCACAACCUGCAGCUCUGCCAGUCGUGGAGGAGUCCGAGCAGGCCAACGCCACCGUUCAGGAGAGCCCUGUGGUGCCCCGCCGCGACGUGGCGUCGCCUCGCGCCGUGGUCGAGGAUAUCGAGCGGCCAAUCUCGGCGGUGAGUGCUUCCAUUUGUGUAUACUCUGCUGAUAACCAGAUCCACGAGCAGGCUGUCGACGACGAAGAAGACGACGAGGACCGCGAGCCCCGCCGCCGAAAGCACACUGCACGUCGCUCGUCGCAAAACUCGUACCGCGCCGAGUCCUUUAGCGGCGGCGUAAAGUCACAGCCUGUCUCGCCUGUCAAGGAGACCACCACCAAAGGCGGCGCCGACGUCCAGAUCCAGCCGUCGCGUCCCAUCCGCGGCAGACACUCUUCUGGCCGCAAAUCGUCGGUACGGUCGAUACGUUCGGUUAAGAACGAUUCCAUUACCGAAAUUUCCGCCGAGAUGCAGGAGGCCCAAGCGCCAGAGCUCCCAAUGCCUGGUUCAGCCGAGACGUUUUCGCCCAUUGCUCAGCUGCCUUCGGACAUUGAAGACAUUGAGACGAUCAACGAAGAGGAGGGAACGGUGCCGACAGACGCAGUUCUCAAUGGUGGAGUGCACAUGAGCCGCGAGAGUCUGAGCGCACCAGGCAAGCUCAACCCCACGGCCAAACCCUUCAUUUUUGGCGCCACGCCAUCCACGCCACCACCGUUCGACGUGACUUCACCGGCCAAGUCUGCGCCGGACUUUGACGCACUGCACUCUACACCAUCGAAAGAUCAGUUGCGCUCUGCUGGUCCAUCGUCCUCGUCGCCCAGCAUGCCCAACAUCCGCGUCGAGCUGGCGGACGACUCCAACAACAAGUUCCGCAAAUGGGUAUUCCCCUCUGCGUCUGCGUCAUCGGUGGCCGGGUCGUCGCACGCCGACGCGAGGUCCGAGCACACAUAUCACCACCAGCACCAGCACGUCGACUCGGUGCACAGGCGCAGUCACUCGGAUAUCACGGAGCCGGACGACCUCGACGACCGCAUCGAACGCAGCUCGUCGCCCGCUACCGAGAUGCAUGGCCUCGCCAAAGAGCGUGAGGAGCGGAACAGGCAGCGACAACAAGCAGCGGCGGAGGCGCCCGACGUGGAUGAGUGGCUUCACUGGACAACGGACGGGAACGGCCAUACCACCCUGACAGGCGGGCUCCGGCAUGGAUCGCUCGGCCUGUCAUCACACACGUCCGCCGAGUUUCCCCUGCGCGCAUCUCCGCCGCGCGUGCUUGCCGUGGUCAACGAUGACCCCAAGUUGCGCAGCGGUGGGUUCAUGUCGCCGACGAUUGACGACAUGCCUCUCGGGGACGACCCGGCGCCGGAGAUUCUCCACCUCUUGCACAAGAUUGAGGAGCAGGUGGCGUCUCUCAGGCAGGAUGCCGACCAGAUGGCCAACGACAAUGUGCGCCGGGUAGACGAUGCCAACACGCAGACCAGCAUUGCCACAGAGGCUCUGGACCUUAUCAAGGGUGGGUUGAGCGCGCUGAGACAUCAAGCUAACCCUGCAGAAUACAUUCCGGAUCAGAGCGUCCUGGCGGGCGUUACGGCCAUGCUCGGGCGCCAGACCACGCUUCUCGAGGAUAUCCAGCGCAAGGUUGAAGAGGAGGUGCAUCGCACACCCACUCCCGGCUCGGACCAGGGCGACACGACGCUCGUGGAGAACGCGACCACCCACAACGACAUGUUCAAGGCGCUCAUCGCCGGCCAGGAAGCCCUCAUGGUCAAGUUUGCCGAGUACACCGAGGCACAGGGUGCCGUUUCCGACCUGCGUUCCGUCACGGACGCUCUGCUCGAAGCUCAGUCCGAGACGCGCGCUGCCAAGGCCGCAGCCGAGGCGACGGCGGCGCCUGGCCCUGCCGAGUUCCUCGCCGAGCAGCUCGCCGAGGCCCAGCGCAGUCUCCGGGACGAGACGGCCCGCAGCCACCGUGCCGAGCAAGAGACUGCCGCCGUCCAGCGUUCGCUGCAGUACGAGACGGACAAGGCAGCGCGUGCCGAACGGGAGCUUGCCGUCAUGCAGGAGCGCGUUGCCGAGCUCGAGGAGCGGGCACGCGACAGGAAGGCCGAAGCUGAGGAGCGCGCGCAGGACAGGAAGAGCGCACUGGAGCGGCGUAUGCGCGAGAAGACGGCCGCGCUCGAGCAGCGCUCACGCGAGGACGCGUUCAAGGCCGACCUCCGUGCUGAGAUUGCUGCUGCCACUGCCUCGUUCGUCCAGUCAAGCCGGUCCGAAGAGCAGGCCAAGCAGGAGAUGGUCGAGCUGCGCGAAUUCUUUGCCAAACAGAGCGCCCAGCAGGAGGAGGCUAUCCGGGCUCUCAAGGAAGAGGUGGGUGGCGUGAUGCUAGUUUCUGAACUGACCCAUCAGCGAGACAUUGCCAACCGCAUUGCCGAGGAACGUCACCACGAGAUCAUUGCUAUGCAGAAGGACUCCACCAGCUUCCGCGACGCCCUGUUCGACCGCCUGGCCAUGUUCGAGCGCACCCUCCCCACCGCGACAGUGGAGCACGAGACCGUGGCUGCCGAGCGCGUGCAGCUCGAGGCCGAGCACGCCAAGGUGGCUUCCCUCGAAAAGGAGGUGGAGCGCCUGCGCGUCGAGCUUGUCGAGGCCAACGACGCCCGUACCGACCUGCGCGUACAGCUCGCCCAGGCCAACGCCAAUACCAACCUCGAGCAGGAGAAGGCUGUGCGCGUGGCCGAAACCGAGGCCACGGCGCGCCGCAGCCUUGAAAUUCAGCUCAAUGGCGAAAAGGGCCGCACCAGCUACCUCGAGAAGAAGGCGACCAAGCUCGAGACCGAGCUGCACGAAGUCAACCAGAACUUGGACGUGUGGCGGUCGGCAGCGUUGGAACAGAGGCUGCGCGCAGAGCAGAGUGCCGUCCACAUUGCCUCGAUGCAGCAGGAGAACUACCACUGGCGCGAGUUUGCGCUCGGCGCAGACCGGCACCGUCUCCAGCAGUGGCUCGAGACCAAGCCGUUUGACGGCGUUGAUCACGACCACGCUCAGGCCAACGCUUCCAAGAGUGGCCACAGUUCCAAGAGCCACUCCAGCAAACCCCCCAGCACCACCAUCUCGUCAUCGCAUCCUCACCCACUUCAAAACUCUCACGUCGCCAAUGUCAAUUCCAGCACCACUCAAUCCCAUCACGACACCCGCCACGCCCACCACGGCCAUGCCCAGAUCCACCACCCACUUUAUAAUACCAGCAAACUGACCGCGACGGCGCAGACCCAGGCGCAGCGGAUCCCCACUAUCAUUGAACCCCAGCAGAAGUAG